AUGAACGCUUCAAUCCAGGCAAUGAAGGUGGAUCAACGAGCUAUAGUCCACGCAUACCGUCACCUCUAUCGACAGGGAUUGAAAGCGAUUCACUAUUCGACACCGAGUCGCCAUAUGCUUCUAAAAUCCUUGCGCAAAUCCUAUCGUUCAUCUCCCUCCGAAGACUUUGAUCCUGCCAAAAUCACCAACACCCUUCGUUUCCUCGAACGAGCUACCGAGGUCGCGGGCAUGGAACACAAGAUUUUGAAGAACCUUCUGCUCGCUAGAUAUUGGGAGCAAGAUCACCUCGUGAGAGAGUCCCGCGUUCCACGAUCCCUGGGACUUGCUCGUGUAGAGAACCAGUUGCGGACAAGCGUCUUUGACCAUUACAAUUUGACACUUGACCGUUUGAAUGAGAGUCUAGGGACAUGUCUCAGAUGAUUCGAACUCCGCAGUUCUCGACUGUUAC